ACCGCUAACUGGUGUAGCAGGAGUGGAUCCUGAAUUUACACAUUAAUGACGGCGUCAGGGGAUCAGGAGAAACUCAGCUGUUUUCUCUGAGCUGAAAUGAUGCUUGAAGUUUAAAAUGUUAGAAAGUCAUUCUUGAAACCUCUGAGUUUUUCUCUCCUUUCAGCCUGCUGCAGGUUACACCAGUAGUAGUAAUCUGGAGGCCGAUUCGAUUCACCGGCUAGCCUGGCUCUGGUCGUUGACGCUGUGAGGGGAAGUACGGUGGCCGGCAGGAAGAAACGCGCUGGUAGUGCGGGGAGCUGCAGCCAUGGAGGGGGUCACCGUCGGCCAGGUGUUUGACGCGGAGUGUAUCCUCAGUAAGCGGCCCAGGAAGGGAAAGUUCGAGUACCUGGUGAAGUGGAGAGGAUGGUCCUCCAAGUAAGUAGCUCGCUAGCUGCUAACGGCUAACGGUCAUAACAAAGCCGGGCCGCGGCUCGGUUCGCGUCGCCACCGAGGCUCCUACCGCGGCACACGGGGGGAGAAGCACGGCCGGUACCGACCCAUCCGCGGCCGGCGUCGAUCCACGGCCUGCCGGCGGACACGUCCAGCUCCAGGACCGCAGCAGCUGAGGCUCGGCCGGUCCUGCGCCACCGAGCAGCCUGAUGUUGAUUUGCUGACAUGUUUUGUAUUUGUGGAUAACGCUGGCAGCUGUGCGUGGGCCUCCGUGAUGGCUCCACACAGAAAACCCGCUCGUGUCCGUCCUGAAUGUGAAAUGUUUGUCGUGUUUUCAGGCACAACAGCUGGGAGCCCGAGGAGAACAUUCUGGACCCCCGGUUGCUGGCAGCCUUUCACAAGAGAGAACAGGAGCGCGAGCUUCUGUUUCAGAAGAAGGGAAAGAGGCCGAGAGGCCGACCUCGAAAGAUUCAGGUGAAACACGCCGACCCCGCCUCCUGAUUCUGUCUCAUGACCUCUGACCCUUCUUGCUCAUCCCGUUCUGUUUCUGUUCUGCAGCCAGCGCCCACCGUCACGAAGGACGACCGCUCCUCGUCCUCCUCUUCCUCUGGCCUGUCAUCAACCGCCUCCUCGUCUUCCUCAGAGGAUGAAGAGCACACAAAGAAGGUGAAGCCCGCCCCCCGCGUCCACCCCGUCCCUCAGAAGAGGCCUCAGAUCCUGCUCGCCAAACCUGACACCCCCCAAAAGAAGAAGCGAGGGAGGAAGCCGCUGCACCCCGACCUGAGGGCUCUAAGGCAGGCAAAGAGCCGCCCUCCCCCGCCGCCUUCUCCACCACGCCACCAGCAGCUGCCCAGAGACGAGCCGCGGGCCAGCGUGAAGAAGCCACUGCAGCCGGCCAGCUUCACCUACACCGGCCUGAGCCGGAGCGCCAGAGAGGAGGCCGGCUCCGCCUCCCAGACCUCCUCUGCCUCCUUCUCCCAGGCCUCCAAACCCGGUGGGCUCGGCUGCAUUUGGACCAAUCGCUCGCUCUCAACCUCCUCCCUGUCCUCCAGCUCCACCUCCCAAAACAAAGCCACGCCCACCGCACAGAAUAAGAACUCUCUGUCAGAGCUGAAGCGCUCCGUCCCGGAGAUCGGCAGAGGAGACGGCUUUAAGGUGACGCCUCUGAAGCAGGGCGGAGCCUCUGGGUCGCUGGGACUGCACAGCAGCUUUGGAGGAGGCGCAGUGGUGCACCGCCCCCUGCUGGCUCAGAGGAGGCAGGAUGGCAGCGGUGGUCAGAGCGGGGUGGCUCCACACAAGCAUCUGAGCACGAGUUUGUCCAAACCGCCAUCGUCAGCAUCGCCGUCGCCCCGAGACAGAGCCAGCCAGGCGCUGAGCCUCCGCGCCCUUAACCUGCAGAGCGUCGGCAAACUGCCGCCCACGAGCGGCCUUCAAGGAAGCAACACUAGCGGGGUAGCGGUAGCAAGAGCGAACCCACGGAGUAGUGGCAGUGGGAUGGUCGUAAAAGGAGGAGCGAAAGAUGCUCGCACUGGAGGCAGAGCUCCAGAGCAGGGCGUGACGAAGGACAAACUGACGGGUGGUGGCGCUGCUCGAGGGAAUAGUGGCGUGAGGCAGGACGGCCGUAAACACGCGCUCGGCUCUCAGAACAGGAACCUGAACGAGCUCAGCACCGGCGACUCCGACGAGACUAGCACCAGCGAGUCAGAGACGGAAGACGCUCUGUUUCCUAGCAACAGCAGACCCAGCCGCGGCAACAACGCCACCGACUCUGACACGGAGACGGACUGGAGGCCGGCGCGGAGCCUCCUGGAACACGUGUUCGUCACAGACGUCACAGCCAACUUCAUCACGGUGACGGUGAAGGAGUCGCCAACCAGUGUGGGCUUCUUCAGCUCCCGGAACCACUGAGCCGGGCGUCUGCUCGCUUCCUAGAACAGCUCAGGGUUCCUACACCUCUCUGGAAAUCCAACACUCAGUCAUUCCCGGCGCCUCCAGGGCGACCCUUCGGUUCCAAGAAACAAAAACACGGUGGAGAGAUCGGAUCGAGCAGGAAGCUCCUCACAGUCGGCAGUAGGAACCCUGACGUUCAGACCCCGUUCACACCUGUGAUCAGUCUGCCGACCUUUAACCUGCAAACAGGUCACCUUCACAGGGUCAGAGGUCAGGCGACUUUCAUACCUUUUUAGACCUUCCUGUUAGGACGGAAAAUGUAUUAAAAAAAGUCAAUAAAACAAAAUGUUCCCUUCCUCUGAGAUGUAAUACAUUACGACUGCCAAGAGGGGGCGCUAAUGUAGGGGCUCAGAGUCGUCUGAUUGACAAACACAGUUUUAAACUAAACGAUGUGAAAAUGUUACUUUUUUGUAUCUAAAGAUGAGAAUUUGUGCUUGUAACGAUAAUUACGAUUACGCUGUCCUCCAUCUUUAAAAUGUAUUACCCUUCCAGGACCCGAAGCUCAGUCAAGCUCCACUCUGACAGCCAAACCAUCUGUUCUCUGAUUGGAUUGUUAAAUUUGUGAUUCACGUGAUGUUGACCAAUCAGCUGAAAGGAAGAAAAUUGGGUCAAAAUUUGUACUUGUAAGUUGAAAGUGACAGAGGGAGCAGAGAGGUUUACACUGAUCUGUAACCUUAACAAACAAAAUGUGUAACCUGUGUAAAUAUUUUUUUAGACACACAAAUUCUCAUCUACAGAUGCACAAACAUAACGUUUCUUUAGAUAUUUUAGUUUACAAAGUUCUAAAAAGAUUUACGAGCACAGUUUGACUCCACACUAAUGAACCUAACAGCUGGUUGCUGCCAUCGUGGAGGGAAAAGUCUGUAUGUUUGUUUGAAGCAGCGUUCCUGCAGGAUCGUCCUCGCAGUUUAAAGUUUCGUCUGUACGGAGCACGCUCAGGUCGAGCAAACAAACUCGUUGUCUGCAUAUAAACACUCCCGCCUCACCUCUGGUUUCUCUCUGUCUUAAACACAGAGAGCGUCAGGUGUUUGUCAGGAAGGUGUUCAGGUAUGAAAGUAGGUCAGGCCGAGGUCCCACGCAGCUGAGACCAAACCAAAGUCAGGAUGAGGCUUUGAUGAUGUCGUAAAUAACACAUUGAUUUCAUUGGCUGGAAGCCCCUCGAAGCUGGCGCAGGCUUCUGCACCCUCUGCUUCUGCUUAGAAAGGAAGUGACGUCCUUCUCGGAGCUUCCUGAUCACCGGGGAUAACUCAAGCUUCCCCACAGACCAGCCAAAAAACCCUGGAAGACAGAAUUGUUGAUCCGAUUGUUUCUGAGCGACACGCCGCCCACACCCACAGUCACUGACUGUCACAGCCAGCGGCUCCGAGGUGUCGGCGGUCGCUCGGCGCCACGUGAAACCACGCCACUAUGUUUGUUUCUCGUCCGAAAAUCCUUUUUGUUCAGUCGCCCGAUAAAAAGAUGAUGGAAACCGUCCGCUCGGUUUUUCUCACAUCGCUGAAGCGUCUCGGGUCGCGUCACGGAUGCGUUUUGGUGCUGCGCCGCUUACAGCACAGUCCGACUACUCUGGCGUCCUUCAGGAGGCUUUGUGUGCUCGCCUCGUCAGGUCUGCAGCUCUGAUGGGUGUCUAAACGGGGUCUGGACUCACAGGUGGACAGCGCCUCUCCGGUGCCUCAGGUUCCCCCCUCACAGCAGGACUGUUGGACCGCCGCUCGGCGGGAUUAGCUCCAGGAGGACAUUUGUGUUUGUUGGACGUACGUGGCUUCUUCCAGGGCAGCAUGUUUAAAAAAAGAAGUUUCCUCCAGCCGUCGUCUUUCAGUUCUCUUUGGACCAAAGCUGUUACGAAUGUGUGUCGUUCUCAGUGUGGUAUCGACAGUGUUUCGUGCACUACGUGCAGUAUAAGCUCAUGAGACAUCCCAUAAUCACUUCUAUAUAUGUACAUAUAUAUAUUUAGCAGUUUUGUACCAUUUGAAACCAUCGCCGUGUCUUUUGGAGGUGAAAUAUGUGUUAAUUUAUAUUUGUAAAUAUGUUUUUCAUGUGAUAUGUAAUAAUCUAUGGGUGCUCAUUUUGGCUUUUAGCGUCACGCACCUGUAGCCUGAAAUAAACCGGAAGCACCUGAAACUUCACGGCUCGGCGUGUCUGUGCGCUGCCGUGUUUCACCACCAGGUGGCAGCGCUGCACAGAGAGCAAAGAGGAUGCAGGUGCUCGCUGACGGUUGAUGACCAGGAAAAGUUUUAAAUGAAAGCAGUUAACAGGAAGUUUGCAGGUCAUACGUAGGUCAUAUGAUGUCACACCAAUUACAUCAUCAGGUCACAUGAACGGAGCGUCCAACUGAGACAAAGCACUGUUAAUAAAUCAGCUCCUGUAAUAAUGUGAUAAACACAGAAUAGAUUUUUCUUGUGUUAAAAAUGACAUUAAUUAAGCUGUAAAUAAAAUUACAUAUUAAUAGA